CCAGUGAUUUUGCAACUUGGACUGUUCAUCUUUGAGCACUUGUUUUUUCCAUGCUAGUGUGUUUGAAAUCAUUUUGAGGUUUUGUGGUUGCUGUGGAUACCCUGAGGAACUUAAAACAUUUUAGCUUGCUUUUGCUUGGUGAGCCCUCUGUGGCCUUUUUGGAUGGAAGCAGAACAUGUAAGUGCCACAGCAGUCCUGAUCUGACAAGAGGAUCAUUUUUGGAUGUCAGGCAGGCAGUCCAUCUCUCCAACUCCUUGCUGAGAAAUCUGGCAUUUCAAGGAAGGCCGCUUUAGCUUGUCAACACAACUCAUUAAAGGCAUGAAUAAAAGAAGUAUCUGGGAAGAGCAGUCGUGAACUUGAUACUCCCCUCUGAGGGUGAAGAUCAGACCAUCAUAACUAACUCCCAGCUGGUCAAGGAACUGAGGAAGUGCUCAGGACCUGGUAGCUAUUGUCAUCAUCAGACUGCUGAAAGAGAAAUCCAUUGUCAAGGACAGAGUAUAAACCCAGAGGUACCUGGAACCUCUGAGGACAAAAGAAGAAGUCAGUCCUGCUAGGUCAAUAGCCAAAGGACAUGAAGAGCAGAACUUAUGGUGGCACAUUGAUCUUUGACUCAGACGCAAAUGCAAUAUAAUUUCAUGUCUACUUGAUGGAACUACGUUUCUACAGGGAAAAAAGAAAAGGUGACUCCUGAAGCAUGGUUGACCACAACAUUACCAGGGACCACCUUGUUUUCAGGAACUGCUCAUACAAUCCUGUAGGGACACCCUAUUUAACCUGGCUCUACUGCGUAGUGCUUGUCGGAGGACUACUGGGUGUCAUCUCCAUUUUGUUCCUGCUGAUGAAAAUGAACACCAGGUCUGUGACCACCACCGCCGUUGUUAACCUAGUGGUGGUACACAGUGUUUUUCUCCUGACGGUGCCUUUUCGCUUGAUCUACCUCAUCAAGCAGACUUGGAUAUUUGGGUUGUCCUUCUGCAAAUUUGUGAGUUCCAUGCUGCACAUACACAUGUACCUCACAUUCCUGUUCUAUGUGGUGAUCCUGGUCAUCAGGUACCUCAUCUUCUUUAAGCGCAAGGACAAAGUAGAAUUCUACAGAAAACUGCAUGCUGUGGCUGCCAGUGCUGGUAUGUGGCUGCUGGUAAUUGUCAUUGUGGUACCAUUGGUUGUUUCUCAGUAUGGGACUAAGGAAAAAUAUGAUGAGAAACACUGUUUUACGUUCCACAGAGAACUUGCUAGUAAGCAUGUGCGAGUUAUCAACUAUAUGAUAAUCAUUAUUGUCAUAGCCAUCGCAGUGAUUCUCUUGGCCUUCCAGGUCUUCAUCAUCGUGUCGAUGGUGCGGAAGAUACGCCACUCCUUGCUAUCUCACCAGGAGUUCUGGGCCCAGCUGAAAAACCUCUUUUUUAUAGGGGUCAUCUUUACUUGCUUCCUUCCCUGUCAGUUCUUUAGGAUCUACUAUCUGCAAGUUGUGGCACGCCCGGAACCCUGUGGCAGUAAUGUAUUUUAUAACGAAAUCUUCUUGAGUGUAACAGCGAUUAGCUGUUUUGAUUUACUGCUCUUUGUUUUGGGGGGAAGCCACUGGUUUAAGCAAAAGAUAAUUGACCUACGGAACUGCCUUUUGUGCCGUUAGCCACAAACUGCAGUGUUCAUAAUUACUUCCUUUAUAUUGGAAGUGGAAAUGGACACAGGGGAGGCAGGAAUGAUUAUUUCGAUAAUUGAUCAAAACUAUGCCUUUGUGCAGCCAAACAAAUGGAAAAUGUCAAGAGCACUCAUUCCAGUCAUUAUUUGAUCCCUACAGAUCUCUGAAUGAUGUCCAUAUGAAGACCAGUGAUGUUCAGUGCACUCAGAGUUGCAAUACUGCUUUAUUUUCCAGUACAAAAUGUCUGCUAGGUUCAUCUAGGAACUGGUAUUUCUAGAGUUUUAUUAAUUCAUUCUGGUUUACUAGGUCUGAAGCUUGGUCUUUUCUUAGGGUUUUGGACCAACUCAUCCAUCUUUUCACUCCAGUUCACUUUAGGUAGGUUCUUCUGGCCAUGAUCCAUCCCCAAAGAUACAAAUUCUACCUGGCUAACUGCAUAAGAAAGCCCACUCAACUCAUUCCCCUUCCAAAAAAACAGAGAUGGGAGAAGAAUGAUAAGAAACUGUUCUCAAUUAUCACAAAUGUGGUGGGAAGCCACUUAUCUAGAAAUCAAGAGAAGCAGAACUCAUGGCCUUCUAUCAUAACAAGGUUUACUAGGUUUGUUCUUUGAAAGCUCAAGUUCAUGGACAUGAGGCUUAAUUCUCUCAAUAUCAACAAUUAUACUGUUCCUCAAAAAAAUCAUGUAAAAGCUUACUGAACCUAUUUGAAUAACGGCGAAACCAUGACUUAGAGAAUAUUCCUGAUCAGUGUGCUGCUAGGCAUUAAAAUGAGUUCCCAAGGGAAGUGAUUAAACUUUUUUUCCUUUUCUGUUGUCUGAAAAAAAUUUUAGAUGUCCUAGGUUACAGUUAACUUGGAUUUUCCUUAAAUAUAGAGAAUUACAUUCUACCCUUAAGAUGACGUGUCUUUAAAUAAAGAAAAACAACAUUAAAUAACACUCUUGAAAAAUAUAUAGAAAAACCAUUAAUUUUGACUAUUAGAUUAGGCUGUAUGAAAAAGAUCCUCUGUGAAUAUUUGAAGAAUGGAUGAAAAAAUGUACUUGAAGUAAUAAAAUUAGACUCCUUUAAAAUAUGAAAUAAUAUAGUUUUUUUUUUUUACCAGGU